AUGGAGUCUGGUAUCAACGCCGACCAGAACUUCUUCCUUCGCAAUCAAUACCUGCCGCCAACUUCACCUGAGCGGAAUCCGCAGCACCAGCACCAGCACCAUCACCAGCGCGUCUACGACCCUCCUCCUCUCGCCGACUUCGACCAGCAGCGAUCGCCGCAAUUGCCGCCAAAGCUGCCCUUCCUCACGGCCCAGAAUCUGCAGGCGGUGACGGGGAAUGGAUACGUUGGCACUGUUGGAGACAGAAAUGCGGAUGAAUUCUACAGAGAGUACCGUGGCGUGCAACAGUCGUCCAGCGGCUUCACCAACAUGGCUGCCAGUGCAGAGUCCCGACCAGCAGCGUCGCCGCUGAGAUCAAAUGGGAAUGGCACCACCCCGAAACAUCCAACCAUCCCGAAUGCACGCACCGGAUUGAAGCCCGCAUACCGUGCAGCCUCAUCACCCCUAGACGACCGCACGGGUCUGAACAACGCGAAAUCCUCGCCUGCACUGAAUGGUUACGCCAAUUCACGACAGCCCAGUGUCAAAGACCUGUUGAAGCGUUUCGACCAGAACAAUUCGCAGCCUGCAUCCGAAGCUCCAAAGGCCCCUGGACGACUUAUCACGCGAGGAUUGAAUAAUGGACCUGGAUAUGCAAAGGAGCGAGUUGGAUACCAAGCUAGGACAGCAAACACAACAAAUACAGCGGGCACGAGCCGAGCAGGAGCUUCCUCAAGCCAUGUUCCACCCAACAGACAAAAGUCCCCAGCACAGACGAGAACACAGCGGACUCGAUUUGCGACUGAAGACCAGCAUUCCAACAAUACAUUAUCAGGUGCAGCUCGGCCUGCGAGACCACGAAACGCGGCCACGGGGUCGAUAUCACAAGCCUCGAAGUCCAUGGUCAACCUCUCCCCGACCUCACCCCAUGCUCCGUCCCAAACACAAAACAGACAACCUCUCUUUGGCGAGGUUAUAGGGCAAGGAACACCAGAUAUUGCCUACGGUAUUCCGCGCGCCCCCAUUCGCAGAACCUCGGACUCGAACCUGCAACCUAAUUCAGCACAUCGACGAAGCAAGUCUGAUUUCGAUGUUUCUCCCUCCUCCCCAACCGCUUGGUACCUCGGUGUUACGCCCACAUUGGACGAUGUUGAUCCAAACAAAACGCGGGCCGCACCUGGCCACAACCGAAACCACAGCGAUUUCGCGGACACGAAGGUAAAUACUAUGAACGGUGUCAGUCCAUCGUUUCAGAAUUCACACUCUCGGAGUCCUUCACUUCAGCCCUCGGCAUCACGCCUGCCUAGAGCCACGCAUCGACUCAGCGGCGGUUCAUCCGAUUCUUCGAGUCUACCUUCAACGCGUGCGAACUCGCCCUUUUCCACCAAGAAACUUGCGAAUGGGAACCCCCCAAAACCUGGCCAGAGGCCCUGGAGCCCUGCUGGUCGUGGUCGUGCCAUAACCCCAACAAAUCGCGAGAAGACACCGACAGGACGAGGACAUCGAGGCAAAUCGCACAGUCCCGGGAACAUCAAUACAAACUCAAGCCUCAAAGCCUACAUUUCUGCCCCUCCUCCGAAGACAUCCCCCCCUCUUCGGAGUUCGCGACCACGACAACCUGUUUCCUCUGCAGCAGCAGCCGCUGCCGCGAAGCCCAGGCUUCCUGAUCCUUCCACCUCACCGAAGCAGACUCGAAGCGGCAUGAAGCUAACUCGAAAUAUCGCAGGAAGUGAACAUAAGGAUCGAAAGAUCUCGGAUGCACAAUUGACGAAGGAGGAUUUCGCGGCGCGAAGAGCUGAGAUACAUCGGGCAUACACAAAGUCAAUUGCGUUGGAGGAUCAGGCUAGGAUUCGCGCCAACAACUUGAAGCGAUUGCAAGAGAGACAGGCCCUCGACUUGGCAGUAGCAGAGGCUGCAGAGGCUGCAAAGGCCGCGGCGGAAAAGGAAAAGCUUGCGGAAGCACAAGCACUUCCUGCAGAACCAGUAGCAGAGCCAACCCCAGAGCCAACCGCAGAGCCACCUGCCAGUCAUCCACUACUUCAUCUCACCACAUCUUUUCAAACCCCACAAUAUCCUCGCAAUGAACAGAAUCAAUUUCCUGCAGGCCAAGACUCUCCGACGCUUGGGAUGCCAGGAACCUUCAUCGACGAUGACGAGCCUCCAUCCGCAAUCUCGAAUGCUACAUGUACGACAGAAAUUGACAACGAACCUCAAACGGAAGCCGCUCGGCUGAGUCGAAUGCCAUCCGGGGGACGACAACGCAGUGGACUAUCUAGUCAUGUCACCUACAUGGAGGAUGGACUGAGUGCAGAGCAGGCAUUGUUUGGUUCGCAACACAUCGAUGAAGACACGAUCAAGAUCAUGCUCGAGCCUCCUUCAGCGGUAGAGCCACCAGCAGAGCCCACGCCUACGAAGAAUCAGUUCGCCAGAGAUCCUGCGCCGCCAGGUGCGUAUCAGCAGGAUGAUGACUACCGCAAUUACAACCAGCCAGUGUUUGCCACUACACUUACGGCUGCGAGCCCGUUGGAUUCAACACCUGGCCAUUCCGAGGCCAUAUCUCCCCUGUCUGGCAACGAGGAACCAAGAUUUGGGUAUGAUGAGGCGAAUAUUUCAGAUGCGAGCGAUCCUCACGAAAUGAGACAAGUAUCGCAGAUUGCCCCCGAAAUCUCAUUACAUGAGGAGCCAGAAGAAAUCCCAGAGUCCACCGGGGAAGAACCGAGAUUUCAACUUCCUAUGCUCCGAACAGCACUCGCCCCGCAAUCGUUGACCCCCAGUGAUGUCUCACAUGACUACCUCGGGACUCCUCUCACAGAUAUGGAGUACGAGAGUUCAGAUGGAGCAGCACCCCACGCUGCUUCGUCCGAAGAACGCGACAACAGGGAUGGCGAAUUAUCCCCCGAUCAAGAGCGCACAAGUGGCUGGAGUGAUUUCAAGAUGAGAUUGUCUGCCGAGCAGAAGCGAACAAGUGUCUGGACUGAUUAUUCUGUUGAUACCGGUGAUGAAUGCUCUGAGCGAGAGGAACAUGCUGCCUCCAAAUUCCCCAGUGCGACCCGUCCAGCACCGCCACCCCCAACAGAGCAGACGGACUCGACACCGGAAGCCCAAUCCAAACCCGAAUACAGUCCUCUGCCUUCUCCACAUUUUCCCGGCGAUAUUCCACAGCGAGAGAGUUCGAAUCGCCACCAACUGCCUCCCCUAUCCACGAGUGGUAGCUUUGCCCAGGAAUUUUCGGAUUCUUCGCCUGGCUUUGCUAAUAUCCACAUGCCACUCUGGCCAAAUUACUCACCUCCUCCCCCACUUCAUCAACCUGGCGAAUCCUCUCCUGCCCUGUCACGACCACCCUCAAGUUUGUACCAAUCUAGCCAAAAUGGUGCUCGUAAUCCCGAGUCAAGACGCGCAAGUGAUGAUGUAUACUCUCCGCGAGCGUCUUCGUCGACUCCCAGAUCCAGCACACAAAUAUCUUUAGAGGAGUCUUCCGCUGACCAAUCAUUGAAAUCAAAGAGCACGACAGCCACUUUGGCAGGCGACGAAAAGGAACAAAAGCGUCUCUUCCAGCGCCGAAUGGUGAUCAAAGAGUUGAUUGAUACCGAAGCAGUCUAUCUGAAGGACAUGAAUGUCGUUGAGGAAAUCUACAAAGGCACUGCCGAGGCGUGCCCUAAGCUGGAUACCGGCGACAUCAAAGUGAUCUUCAGAAACACCGAUGAGAUUGUUGCAUUCACAACGAUGUUCUCUGAUGAAUUAAAGUCUGCCGGAUCAAGUGUGUACUCAUCCAGAUCCCCGAAGCCGAGCAAAGCUGUUGCAUCCCCCUCCGCAGACGACAGAUCCUCGAUCGCAGCCACACUAGCGGAGGAAACCGAUGAGCAAAAGGAUCGAAAGACAUUCAUAGGAGCAAACUUUGGCAAGCAUUUAAAAAGAAUGCAGAUCAUCUACACCGAUUUCUUGAAGAACAGCGAGAUCGCAAGCUCAAGAUUAGGCAUUCUCCAGACCGAUAACGCUGUGAAGGUCUGGCUGGGCGAGUGUAACCUGGUCGCCAAGGAUCUUACCCAAGCUUGGGAUCUCGAUGCAUUGCUGGUUAAGCCGGUGCAGCGCAUCACUCGGUACCAACUCCUCCUCGCCCAAAUUAAGCAGAAUACCCCCGCCGACCACCCUGACUACGAAGCUCUGGCUCUUUCCCUGCAAGAAAUAGGAAACUUGCUGCAGAACAUUGAUGAUCUGAAGAAGCGAAUCCACAUGGUGGGAAAGAUUGUCGGCCGCAAGCGCAAGGAGUCGGAUGUUCGGACCGGUUUGGCUAAGGCCUUUGGCCGGGCUCGUGAAGCAAAGGUCCAGGCGAAUCCCAACCGACCUCGCGAUGACGAGGUGUACGUGAAACUGCACGAGAAGUUCGGUGACGAUUACCUUCGCCUGCAAGUCGUUCUUCGAGAUGUGGAGUUCUACACCCGUCAGGUGACGACAUGGACCAACGACUUCCUUCGAUAUCUCUCGUCAAUGGAACUCAUCAUGCGGAUGACCGCAAGUCCGUAUCCUGAGCUCGAGAGCAAAUGGGCUCGAUUCAAUAUGUCAAUGAGAGAUAUGGGCACCAUUGCGUUGGAAGAUCAUAUCCUCCACGUUCGGAAAAAGGUCAUCGAGCCAUUCGAAUCAGUUAUCCAAGCUUACGGCCCCCCUGGCCUGGCAAUGAAGAAGCGGGCCAAACGCCGCCUCGACUUCGAGAGAGCUCUCACGCUCAAGUCGCAAGGCAAGAAGAUUGACGAGAAGUUGACCGAUCAGGUCACUCAAUAUGAAGCUCUGAAUGAGACACUCAAGCUGGAGUUACCGAAGCUGUCAGCUUUGACUGUUAGUCUUGGCAAAACUUGCCUGAUCCAACUCGUCCAAAUCCAGACCGAGUGGUAUCACAUCUGGCAAGGAAAAGUUGGAGCUGUGUUGGAGAAGGACCAAAUGCCCAAAAGCAUCACAGACAUUGUCGAGAUGCACUUUCGGGAGUUCAAGUACGUCGAGGCAAGUGUCCAAACGCUAGGAAUUGUCAGUGGCUAUUUUGAGAGCUUAUCGAAGACCCGAGGAUCUCAAUCAACCCAGGAUGAUGAGUCUGCUCGCCCUUCGUUGAGCGCCACAAGCCGGUCACGAAUUCGAGGACAUUCGGUCAACAGCGACAAAUCUCCCAGUCUCCCGACUCCGGACUUUGCGAAGCGAUCCAGCGGCCAAUUCACCUUCUCGCCUCUCGUCUCCAAUUCCCCAGGCCUGCCACAGCUUGCUUACCAGACUCCUUUCUCGAAUGGUCACUCCCGCGGUGGAUCUGGUUCUCCUGCUACUCCCGAUGGCUUCAUCUCUCGACAACAUUCAAAUCUUCCAAGACCAAGCACUGGACGAAGCUUUACUUCUGACGGCGGCAUGCGGGCUGUCAAUGAUUACAACACUCAAGUUCGUCGCGAAUCCGGGUCUGGCUCAGCAUACAAUCACCAUGUCGAUGGACCUCACACUGGGCGCCCGUACUCGGGUAUCUUCCAUUCGGCUCUGCCUGAUGGUCCAGAGGAGAGCCAACGAUCAUCACGAACUUCUUCAAGAGACAGGAAUAUAUCUGGCGGUUACAACGUACUCUACCUGGCGGCAAGCUUGUUCGAGUUCAAUAUUAGUGCAACGAAAUCAGAGGCCGGUUACCCUUACCUGACAUAUCAGGCUGGUGAGAUCUUCGAUGUCAUCGGCGAGAAAGGCGAGCUCUGGCUUGCAAAGAACCAAGACGAUCCUUCUGACCAAGUCGGCUGGAUCUGGAGUAAACACUUUGCGCGUUUGGCGACCGACUGA